AUGUCCAUCCUUGCCCCCGGAGACCGUCAGGCUCUUCUGGCCGAGGGUCUCAUGGGCCCUGCAGACACCCCGGGACUCAUCCUGCUCCACAAGCGUUGCUUGAGCAUAUACAGCUACAGCCACCCUGAUUACGUGGACCUGCCCCCGAGUCCUCCUUCAGUAGCUCCCCAGGCGUAUUUCAUCAUUCCCGAGAAUUUGAUUUCUAUGGCCUCGCUCAAAUACAUGGGCUUCAACGACGAGACGGCUGAGCGAAUAUGGGCUCGAUGGGUCAUCAAAUUUCCAGAGGGCGCACCCAUUGCUGAGACCGAGCCUGUCAAUGGCGUGUCUUUCCUCGAUGCUGCCAUUGGUUUCCUGGCCGACCGGAAGGCGGAACUGGACACAUGGUCAGACGAUGGCGAGACGUGGAUCGCGUCUAUGGAUCAAUGGGGUAUCGAUCAGGAACUUCAGAAUAUCAUCAUGGAUGAUGUGUUCAAGAAUAUGCGGGAAGAAGGGUCGCUUUUCUUUUGGCUCCGCGGUACCGUCGAGUUGGCUUAUGGGGGUAGACAGAAUUGA